GCUUUUGCAGGCAGCGCCAUCGCUUCUUCUCCAUCUCCACCCCCUCCUUUGGGUAUGCUCCAUCCCCCUUUCUCUCUUCCCUUCUUUGCACUCCCGUGUCCACUAUCACUCUCUCUUUCACAACUACGUGGGACACACAAUUACCCUUCAGCAGCAGUAGUAGUAGUACAAACACACACAUUUAGAUAUACUUACGUUCGCACAUACACACAAAGGGGAAGUAAGGCAGAGUGGCGUGGUCGGAGUGAACUGAGGAUGGGGCUUAGUGUACCGCAGACCUUGGGUUUUAGGAUUUAGGAUUUCUAGCUGCGAAUGUCAUUGUGUGUCUUUGUUUACUACUGGUGGUGGAGUGUGUGAACCUUUUUUCUCUGCAGGGGGAAUUGGGUCUGUGAGAAUUCGUGCCCACAGGGUGAGAUUUCAGGUUUGGGUUUUGGGGCUUGAGUGGAGGGAGCAGUGGGUGCUGCUAUCAGGGUGUAGUUGGUGUGAGAAUUGGUUUAGAAUUCGAGACGGUUUGAGAGAUUCCUGAGAGUUGGAAGUGACUUUUGGCGAGAACGGUGGUGGGUGGGGUGGCAGUGGAGAUUGCGAGUUUGAAAUGAAGGAAGGGGGUUUUGUGGAGAAUAUUACGUAAGUUGUAAGAGGUGCAAGUGGAACGCUUCUUUCUUUUCAGAUAUGGGAGGAGGGUGUUUUUUUCUUUUUCUUUUUCUUGAAUGAAUGGUAGAGCAUUGCUUGGCACCGGGGGAUGGGUUUACGGAUAGGAAUCGUCGUUGGGUGUCUCUUCCCUUCUCUACCUUCAAGCUUCCCGUGUGCAAAUUAUGAGGACACCUCAAGCGAGGCGGAAUUCAAUGGUUCAACAUUGUAUUGCAAAUUUUGAAUGAGUUCCUAGUUCAUGGCUAUGGGUGCCAGAACCCGGGCAUCAGAGAAUUGAGAAGUGACUGGGGUGCCAUGGCGGGGACUACUUCAAUGAAUAGCUUCCAUUCCCCCUCACUGUUUCAAAGAGAUGGCAGAAUCUCUCUAUCGUGGCAUUUUGGGACUGAUGUUACUGGGUUCAGGGCAGCUAGCUACGCGAGCUGUAAGAGCCUCAAAAUUAGAAAGAGGGUGGUGAACACUGCAUGUUUUAGUGAAGACGGGGCUCAAAAUGCCAGGGUUGCGAGGCCGCGCACGGUGGAGUCCUUGGAAACCACUUCACCAGACUCAAGCUGGGAUGACGCGCGGCCUGCAGUGCAGCCUGCGAGAGAUAGGGCUAGUACGCGGGAGAGGGGCAAUUCGAAUGGAAAAGCAGUGUCACAAUAUUUACAGAAACAAAUUCAGAAGAUGGGUGAAGAGGGGUCGCAACCUGGAGCUCAGGGCAAAGAAGAGGAGCUCAUUAGGCCCCGAGAGUGCAAUAUCUCGACUACUUCCAUUGCAUCCAGAGCUGACGAAGGAGUAUCCUCUCCCGAGAAUCGCUCUUCACAAAAUGUCAAGCGAACUCUUCAAAGAGUACUUGAAGCGCACGCUCUUCUUGCAAGCAAGUUGCAAAAUGACCAAAUGGAGACAACACCUUCAUCCGCUUUAGAGACUGUUAAAGCAGAUCUGGGUACUAAGAAUACAAUCAGUAUGGCGCGCGAGGUAUUGGCUGGGUUUAGUAAAGGAUCGGUAGAAAAUGAUCGAGUAGGAGAACGUAGCAUGGCGGAUAAUGGAAACGGAGUACAGGUUUGGGGAGCAAGUCUGACACGGAGUGGCCUGGCAAAACCUUUGACUGGCAAAGGAAAUCUGUGGAAACGAGACCUUGGGACUGUCCAUGGUUUGCACAGUUUGACUGAUCAACCCUACAUAGUGCAGAAGGUUGUAGGAGCAUUAUCAGGAUUGCGGAGCAACAGCAGUGUUAUAAACACCAUGAAUGGAUACUUGGGGCAAGUAACUGUAUCAGACUUACAUCAAGUAUUGUAUGUGCUUGGGGAUACGAAGGAGUGGCUCACUGCACUGCAGGUGUUUCAGUGGAUGCAAGCAUUACCAGAUCUGAAACCCGAUGAGUUGGUAUAUCGAACUAUUAUCAAUGUUUUGAUAAAUGCUCGGAGAAUGAACGUUGCAGAAGCAGUUUUCGAGGAAUUUGUAAAGAGUGGCAUGUCGCCCAGCCACGAUGAUUAUGUCAUCCUCAUGUCUGGUUAUACCAAGUGCGGCAGCUUACAAAGAGGGAUUGGAAUACUUCAAAAAAUGAGAGAAGCCGGAAUUCACCCUCAAGUCUCGGCUUACAAUGUAAUACUGGAAGGGUGCACUAGGUCUACCCGAGGCUUGGAUAUAGCAAUUCAGAUUAGGGAUCAAAUGAAACUGGAAAAUGUGGCUCUGGAUCGAACAUCUUACACAUUCAUGCUCAGCAUUUACAGUCGCAAGGGAUUGUACAAAGAAAUCAUUGACACAUUCGAACAAAUGCGUUUAAGCAGUUGUGUGCCUGAUAGGAUCCCUUGCCACAUAAUACUAACGGCUCACAGCAAAUUAGGCGAUAUAAAUGGCAUGAUGGAAGCUCAUAGAAUCUUGAUGGACAUGGGGCUGCAGCAAGAUUCAGUGACAUUCAACAUAAUAAUGAAUGCACUGAACCGCGUGGGCCGUAUUCGAGAUGUUGACCGAUAUUGGGCUCUCAUGAGAAUGGGCCGCAUUGUACCGGAUCUGACGACUUGCUCCAUCCUCAUCAAUGCGUUCGGCAGAGCCCGAGACUGGCACAAAGUUGACUUAGUUUUAGCAGAAAUGGAAACAUAUGGGAUAAAAGCAGAUCUCAUGAUUUACAACUCCCUUAUUAGUGUUUACGGCAAAGCAGGGCUCUUUUAUGAAGUUGAACUUGUUGUCAAAUCCCUUAGAGCUGAAAUUGCUCGUCGUGAAGAUCUAGGUAAUAGUUCCUUAGCAUUUGAUCUAGUUACAUAUAAUACAUUGUUGGAUGUCUAUGGAAAGGCUGGCCGGCUGGAUGAUGUCAUCUACUGGUUUGGUGAGAUGAAGAAAUCUGGAGUGCAACCUGAUGUGCUGACAUUCGACUCACUCGUUAAUGCCUAUGGCAAAGCUAGCCAUUAUGAUGGGGUGAAGGAGGUGCUGGAACUGUUUAGGAAGUAUAACUACAAAUCCGACCUAGUCUUCUACAAUACCCUGCUCUUCAUGUUCGGCAAGGGUGGGCACUACGCCGAUGCAUGGAAGAUUCUUGAGGACAUGAAAGCAGCAGGAUUCAUGCCAACUUCAGAAACCUAUAAUUCCCUUAUUCUUGCAUUUGGUCGUGGCAGUAUUCAGCAAGGUCUUCAAGUAUUUGCGGACAUGAUAGCUUCCAAUGUAGAUCCCAACAUGGUGACAUUCAGGCUUCUAAUGGACAUACAUGCGAAAAAAGGCUUGGUGGACGAAUGCUUGAACAUCUAUUACGAAUCUCAGAAGUACCCCGACUGCAAGUAUGACGAAUCGCUGAUGAGCGCUGCCUUGAGAGCAUGUUGCAACAUGCGGUGUAUUGAAAAAGCUGAGGAGAUCGUCAUGUCCGCUGAGGCUGAUGGCAUUUCCAUCCCUGUUGCUUGUUAUAAUUGGCUUAUCCUCGGUCACGGGAAGAAAGGCCAGUGGCAGGAGGCUGAAAAUACUUUGGAGAGAAUGAAAGCAAAUGGCGUUAAACCCGUUGCUCAAAGCUUCUCCUUUCUCCUUGAGGCCUACAGUUUAAGCGGCCAAAUUCCGAAGGGUGAAAAGCUCAUUGUCAAGAUGAAAGAAGAGAAUCUCAUUUACGGAAUUGCAGGUCAUAACUCCUUGCUACGGUUCUACAUGCGCGCCGGCGAUAUAGGCUCCAUAAUUCAAACCUACGAGACUUGUCAAACUCGCGGACCGAAGCCGAACCAAAGCUCUUUUGUGCCAAUGAUUGAAGCCCUUACCAAAGAAAACACCGUCGACGAGCGUUUCUGGGGCAUUGCCCAGGACCUAGAAAACGCGCCAUUUGAUGUCCACUUUGCCAUUCAUGGCGCUCUCCUCUCUGCGCUGGGGCGAUGUGGACAGAGUCCCGACGCAGACCGUCUAUUAGGAAUCCUCAAACGGCUCGGCUGCUCCCCAGAUAUUUGUAAUUUAUUUGAGGAAGGCGAGGCCGCACAGAGCAAGCUUUCUGGCGAGGAGGCCUGGAAAAGAUUAGCAACUCUAUUCAACUCCUUAGAGCAAGAAGGCGUCAAUAUGGAAGCAGAGCGAAACUUCCACAAUGCAUUAAUUGACGCUUUGUGGAGGUUCGAUUACAAAUUGCGAGCUCUCAAGGUCACCGAGCUGAGCGUCUCAUUGGGUGUUUUUGGAUCCAAUGUCUGUCAAUGGAAGGAUUGUUGGAGUUUGGACGUAAGAUUUGCCGGCACUGGCGCCGCCCAAAUCCUUCUACUGACAUGGCUCUCAGGGAUUCGACAAGCUAUCAAAUCUGGCGAGAAAAUGCCAUCGAAGGUUAAAAUUUUGCUUGCAUGGGAGUGGCAACUUAGGACUGGUGAGAAUUGGGGUGCCCGCGACGGAGUCUCGGCUCAUUUGAAUGCUUUGAAGGCGCCAUUCGUGUUGGUGAAAGAAGGGCAGGAGCUCGAGGCAUCUGUGAGCACUCUCCGGAAAUGGUUAUUGAAGGAGAAAACUGCGCAAGGGCUUGUAUUCAACAGCAAACUGUAAUUGAUGUCCUAACUAGUUCAGAGCUGAAUCUAUUCUAAUUUUUUUUUUAAAAUAAAUUAAAAGUCCCUCAAUUUGCCCAGGGCAUGGCCUAAUUUGUUGUUUAAA